UUUUCUUUUGAGGACUCAAAUCAUUUAAAGAACACAGCCAUGACUCCUCUAAUAUAUCUACCGGGCCGAGUACGGUCAGCGCACGCCGUGCGCUGUUCCCUUCUCAAAUCUCCGCUUCAACAUCCCUUUCGGUCCUCAUACCCACUCUCCCUCCACAAGCGAUGGAGCACAUCCCUCUCCCAGCGUCCGGGGUCAGAUCGAGUCCGAUUUCCCGGCGCAGUCAACAGCAAAUUCACAACGGAGAUGGCCUUCAUCAACCCAAUGGAUAAACCUGGGAUUCCAACGUACCGCGUUAUGGAUUCCGACGGUGUGCUGAUCGAUAAAAGUCGUAGCGAGCUCAGUGUUUCGAAUGAAGAGGCGUUGGCGUGGUAUAGGAAUAUGUUAACGGUGAGCAUUAUGGACGUGAUCAUGUUCGAGGCACAACGGCAGGGGAGAUUAAGCUUUUAUAUGGUCUCAGCCGGUGAAGAAGGCAUCAGCGUUGGCUCCGCAGCAGCUCUAACACCGGACGAUGUCGUCUUUGCACAGUAUCGCGAAACCGGCGUUUUUCAGCAGCGAGGCUUUGCGCUAAAGAACUUCAUGAGCCAGCUCUUCGCCAAUGCGAAUGAUAACGGUCGAGGAAGGAAUAUGCCUGUUCACUACGGGUGCGAGUAUCCGAAAACCCAUACAAUCUCCUCCACCCUAGCGACCCAGAUACCACAGGCCUCAGGCGCUGCCUACGCACUGAAACUCCAAGCUCUACAGAAUCCCGACACGCCACCACGCAUUGUCGCAUGCUAUUUUGGUGAAGGCGCCGCCAGUGAAGGCGACUUCCACGCUGGUCUCAAUAUCGCCGCUACAAGAUCCUGCCCAGUGGUCUUCAUCUGUCGAAAUAACGGGUACGCCAUUUCUACGCCCACAUUAGAGCAGUAUCGGGGAGACGGAAUUGCCAGCCGCGGGGUGGGCUAUGGGAUCGACACGAUCCGCGUCGACGGAAAUGAUAUCUUCGCUGUUUACGAGGCUAUGAAGGCUGCUCGAACUCUGGCCCUUUCUCAAGGAGGAAAACCGGUACUUAUUGAGGCGAUGUCUUACCGUGUCUCGCACCAUAGCACGUCCGACGAUAGCUUUGCGUACCGUGCGCGCGUAGAAGUUGAGGAUUGGAAGAGAAGAGAUAAUCCAAUCAUCAGGCUCCGGAAGUGGCUUGAAAAUGAGGGGAUUUGGAAUGAGGAUAUGGAGCGGCAGGCUAGGGAGAGUAUUCGAAAGGAAGUACUGAGAGAGUUUGGGGAGGCGGAGAGGGCGAAGAAGCCGGCUAUUCGAUUUGCGUUUGAGGAUGUAUAUGAUGAGGUUACGGAGGAGGCGAGGGAGCAGAUGAAGGAGUUGAGGAGAAUUCUGGAGGAGUAUCCGGAAGAGUAUGACCUUCGCUCGUUUGAAGGAGGAGUCAAAGGACUGGACUCGUAGCAGUGUCGUCGUGCUUAGUUUGCGUAUAGACUUACACGGACUGUUUUCCACAUUUUACGUCGGCAAAGCCAAGGUUAGACAUUGUGAUAUGCAUAAUAUAACGG